AUGCAGCCAACUGAGAUCGACGACGCACACAUAUCCGUCCGCUUCAAGUACGGCAUCCACACCAUCUUCCUCUUCAUCGACGCACUGGCUCCCUUCUCGUCUGUCACACAAGAUCUGCUAGAGGUUCUCAGAGAUAGAUAUCCCGAUGGUCUCACAAAGUCAAGCUCUUCGCCGGAUGAGAAGACACCAGUGCCAGAUGCGGCAAACCUGACCUAUGGUGUUCUUCGUGUACCCACCGAUCCCUCUAAGGGAUGGAAGCCCCUGAAACUUGGAGACGACGGUUCAAAUACUCCUAGCAAAUGCGGAAUCAAGGAUAACAGCAUUGUCGCUUUUGCGUUUGGAGCAGAUGAGGAGGAUGAGAUGGAGGCUGAGGGAGAUGCUGUCUUUGAAGUUGAGUGGCCGCAGGAAGACGAAGAACUCUACGAACAAGGGCCUUGA